UGUACCCUCCUUAAUCAAGCUUAGUUUCGUGAAUCCAAUGUCGGUAACUCUCUCCCCUUUGUCGCAAACCCCUGUCUCCGUACACAUUCCUCCACACCAAUCUCCACCUUUAAAUAUACCCCACUUCUCUAAGUCACGGGUCAUCACAAAAUGAAGAGGCAGAGGAAUAAGCCGGGACCCACCUCGUCGUCAGAGAAGAAGAUCAAGAUGGAGGAGGAGAGGACGCCGCCGCCGCCGGAGGAGGAGACGGUGGAGGAUGCGGCGUUGUCGGCGGCGGCGGCGGUGGCUGCUGCUGCUUUGGCGGGGGAGGAGGAGAUGGAAUUGGUUGUGGGAUUGGGGUUGAAGGGUGCUGAUGUGGACGAGCAGAUGUCGUGGGGAGCGGUUUGGUUGCCGUUUUGGGACGUCGAGUUUGUCGGAAGGAACUACGGGGUUUUGUUCGAUGAUGUUGUUUGGGACGACGAUAUUUGGAACUUGAGGACUGUCACUGAAGUCCCGCGACAUGUUUAACUGUCUCUAAUGAUCCAUUAACAGAUAGGGUUAAACUAAUUUCGGUUCUUAGUUCGUUUGUCCCAUUUUCUCGGAGGUGGAGUUGGAUUAUCAGUUUCUUCUGAUAGGUUUGUUGUCCCCAAAAAAUGGGUUUGACUAGGCACUCAAACCCAUUGCAAUCUUAAAUACGUUUUCCUCAUCCUUAAUUAUCUCCAUAAUGUUCCGAGAAAUUCGUAAUUCAAUUGUUUUACAUCACCAUGGUCUCACAUAUUGAGGGAUGGGUGUUA